AUGGUACAAAAGGUUAUUGUCAACUUGGCUGAAAACACCCCCAAUGGCAGUUCCGAACUCAAAUGGCGCCUAAAAAUUGACUCCAGCCAGGAUACAACUGACAUGGUUGAGGCUGUCAAACUAGGCAAUCUGCUGAAGCGUCUCUGGGCAACCCCUAAUGCGAUCCGUGCGAUCAAGAUUGUUAGCCCCAAGGGAGCAGGCAAAAACUAUAAGUACCUGAAUAACAAUGCUUUUAACCCAAUGUUUAGCAAGACACAUCCGGAGAACAGAGGUAAUAAGGCACAUCCAGUCUUUGACACUGGUGCUAUCACAAACACGCUCAUAGCUCUCCGACGCGACGAUCUCGGUCUGAAGAACUGUGGACGUCAGGUGCACGAUGUCCUCAUCCGAAGAGAUGGUCUAGAAGGGUAUAUCCUGUUCGACUACAACUACUAUAAGCCGUCACACAAUCGUCCCCGCGUUGAGAGGACCUACGUUGAGCGGAAGUUCUCCAUCACGAACGGCGGCAAAACACUGUCACUUCAACCCGCCGACACCCCCGGAUUGAUGAACCUACCACAGCACCUCAAGAUCCGGCUUUUCGAAUCGCUUUGUCUCGCUAAAGGGUUUCUUGACCCCUGGCGAAGUACAGUCACCGUCGAUCUGGACCAAAAGACUACAGUAGGCGCAACUCCAGUGCUGGAAUCGGUAUCGCAACAUCUGCGAUCGGAGUGCUACUAUCGCUUCUGGCUGGCCAAUAUGAUCUCAGUCAAGAUGCGGAGUACGGAUGUGAAAACAGACUUCGACCACUUCGACAAACUAUGCGUCUUCUGCUGUACCGCGUCUACUCCACGCGAGCCCUGGAGGAUGAGCAACAGACGUAAAGGAAUCCGCGACCUGGAGUUUCUACUUCAGUUCAACGUUUCGCUCGCACCCAAACUCGAUGAUUUGCGUGUCAACGUACUCGAUUUCCUACGCGUGACGUCGUACCUCGAUAGCCGCGAUAGGAAAAUCACGUUCCAGAUCGGCGAUACAAACGACAAGGCGUCUGUCUCCUUAGCACACCUCCGCACAUGCGCACUCAUCGCCCUGACCGAGUUUCAACAAGCGUACAAGCGCACCCGCCCAGACACUAAGCGCUGUCCCAACAUAUGGGUCAACGGCUACGGGCGUAUCGUGUGCGUUGAAGGGCCAGGCGGCAAAUCUAUCAACCCAUCGGAGGCCAUACAGCGACAUGUGUCGCGUGAAAAGGGCGGCGAAGAUGUGAUUGUUAUCAACCGUGAGUUUCGCAAGAAAUACAGCGGGAACACAGGAGAUGGGGAUUCUGCGACACCCCCAGGCCGGUCUUUCGAUGAUUUUGUUUGCAGUGGAUGA